CACUAGUACUAGUACUACUGCCUAGCCCAACAUGCAAGCAUACCUCGCUGAAAAAUAUAUGUCAGGGCCCAAAGCAGACGCAAUUCUAUCUCGAACAACUCAAAAGAAGAAAAAGAAGCGCAAAGCCGAAACCUCAACCACAGGACCCUCGAUGUUAGUGGACGAUGAUGCUGAGUGGGCAGGCGAAAGUUCCAGGCGCAAUGACGAGGAAGAAGAUUUUGCAGAGGCUGCUGUCGCAAAGGACCGUAGCUUCAAGAAGCGCCGUGUCGAAGAAGGCUCUGGAUGGUCGACUAUUCGCGCUGGUGAGAAGGAAGCAAGUCCGCCGAUACCUGCGGAUGAACAGCCUACCGUCGUCGUGGAGGAGGAGCCCGAACAACCAUUUACUGGUGGACUGUUGACCUCAGCGCAACUCCGGAAAGCCCUUCCUAAGACUCAGCAGAAACAAGAGGAGCUGACUAAAGAAGAGGAGGAGGCUGCUCAAGAGACCGUUUACCGUGAUGCGUCUGGGCGGAAGAUUGAUACUAAGGCCGCCCGUGCGGAAGCUGCUAGGAAGAAACGAGAAAGGGAGGAAAAGGAAGCAAAGAAGAUGGAAUGGGGCAAAGGCUUGGUCCAAAAGCAAGAAGAGGAAGCGAGAAAACGUCAACUUGAGACGAACAAAUCACUUCCGUUCGCCAGGCGUGCAGAUGAUAAGGAACUAAAUGAAGAACUGAAGGCUAAAGAACGUUGGAAUGAUCCAGCCGCCGCUUUCCUCACAAAAAGUAGAUCUAAGGGUCCCCGAAAACCUGAGUACACGGGACCAUUACCUGAACCAAACCGUUUUGGCAUAAAGCCAGGCUAUAGAUGGGAUGGCGUAGAUCGCGGCAAUGGCUUCGAGAAGAAGUACUUCCAGCGACAUAAUGAGAGAAAGCGGAACACAGCAGCAAGUUAUGAAUGGAGCGUGGAUGACAUGUAAUGCGGCGCAUUUUGUGGCCGCAGAUAUCCUUAUAAGGUUAACGAUCAACCGUUAGUCAAGACACGAGCUACCACGAGACAUUGAUUCCCGCACUUUUAAACCACGCGAACUGCCUGGUGGCAAGCUAUUGGCAGAUAAUCCGUCAGUGUGGUCUAUCAGUUGGACGGCACUUCCGACCUGUCAGAUAGCUGCUGGCUUGCCCUUUUGCCAUUUCAAGUGGUGCGAAGCAGGUGAAUUGAUUCCAUAUAGCGAGUAAGCGUACAACGUGA